AUGAAUGCUAGUGGUCCAGGAUAUCCAUUAGCUUCUCUCUAUGUGGGCGACUUGCAUCCAGAUGUGACUGAAGCCAUGUUAUAUGAGAAGUUCUCACCUGCUGGACCCAUCAUGUCCAUCAGAGUUUGUCGAGAUGUUGCCACACGACGAUCUCUAGGUUAUGCAUACAUAAAUUUUCAACAGCCUGCUGAUGCUGAACGGGCCUUGGACACCAUGAAUUUUGAAGUCAUAAAAGGUCGGCCCAUUCGUAUCAUGUGGUCUCAGCGAGAUCCAGGACUCAGGAAAUCAGGUGUUGGGAACAUCUUCAUCAAAAAUCUGGAUGAUUCCAUUGAUAACAAAGCCUUAUAUGAUACAUUCUCGGCUUUUGGAAAUAUUCUUUCUUGCAAAGUUGUUUGUGAUGAGAAUGGAUCUAGGGGUUAUGGCUUUGUCCAUUUUGAGACUCAUGAGGCAGCAAACAGAGCAAUUGAUACAAUGAAUGGAAUGCUGCUAAAUGAUCGGAAGGUAUUUGUUGGCCACUUUAAGUCCCGCCGAGAACGUGAAGCGGAAUAUGGAGCCAAAGCAAUGGAAUUCACUAAUGUCUAUAUCAAGAACUUUGGAGAUGACAUGACUGAUGAGAGGCUGCAAGAAAUAUUCUCAAAAUUUGGAAAGACCUUGAGUGUCAAGGUCAUGAUGGAUAAUACAGGCCACUCAAAAGGGUUUGGUUUUGUCAAUUUUGAGAAGCAUCAAGAUGCUCAGAAGGCUGUUGAGCACAUGGAUGGGAGGGAGAUCAAUGGCCGAACAGUGUUCGUUGGCAGAGCUCAAAAGAGGAUUGAGCGACAAAGUGAGCUGAAGCGUAAAUUUGAACAAAUCAAGCAGGAAAGAAUGAGCCGAUAUCAGGGAGUGAACUUGUAUGUAAAGAACUUGGACGAUGGGAUUGAUGAUGAGCAGUUGAGGAAAGAAUUCUCACCCUACGGAACCAUCACAAGUGCCAAGGUGAUGACAGAGGGCGGACACAGCAAAGGUUUUGGGUUUGUAUGUUUUUCUUCCCCAGAAGAAGCAACAAAGGCUGUGACUGAGAUGAAUGGGCGCAUCGUCAGCACUAAGCCUUUGUAUGUUGCCCUUGCCCAACGGAAGGAGGAGAGAAAAGCCAUUCUCACCAACCAAUACAUGCAGAGACUGGCUACCAUGAGGGCCUUGCCUGGUCCACUCCUAUGUUCUUUCCAGCCUCCUGCAGGCUACUUCCUGCCCUCUAUUCCACAGCCACAGACUAGAACAACUUUCUACAGUCCUAGUCCAGUUGCCCCAGUCCGGCCUGCCCCACGCUGGAAUACUCAAUCCUCCAGACCUCCUUCAUCCUAUCAUGCAGCCACUCCAAUGGUAAGAACUAGUGGACCUCCUCGGCGCCUCCUCUCCAACAUCAGCACUAUGAGACAAGCCUCCACUCAAGUUCCCAGAGUACCAUCCACUGGCCAGAGAGUGGCCAACAUUGGAACCCAGACUAUUGGUGCAAGGGCACCCUCUUCUCCAACUUUCUCACGUGGUAUCUCGCAGUACAAGUAUUCUUCAGCUGUGAGGAAUGUCCAGCCCUUGGGCACAGUAACACCUCUGCCAAUGCAACAGGCUGUAGAACCAGUCAUUCAUAUCCAUGGACAGGAGCCAUUGACGACAUCCAUGUUGGCUGCAGCCCCUCCUCAAGAACAGAAACAAAUACUUGGUGAACGUCUCUAUCCUCUAAUUCAUGCAAGGCACCCCUCCCUGGCUGGAAAGAUUACAGGCAUGCUGUUGGAGAUAGAUAAUUCUGAUCUGCUACUUAUGCUGGAGUCACCAGAAUCCCUUCAGUCUAAGAUCGAGGAAGCAGUAGCUGUGCUUCAAGCCCAUCAGAUCUCUGAAGAUAGCAAUAGAAGGAUACCAGUAAUCACUGCAACUCACGCAGGGGUGAUAUUAUAUGGGGGUAGUGAGGUGCAUCCAUAAUUAUCCAUGCUGCUGAAUUCCAUCAGCUAUAGCUUCUGAGUAGUCUUCAAGGGCAGCCCAUGUAGAGCAUGUUGUAUUAAUCCAGGUGAGAGUGACUGUGAGCAGAGCCUCCUGAUCCAGGAGCUGGUUUGGAGGGAUACCUUGACCAACUUGCCAGCCGAGGGAGACCCAAAAAGCAAAUGGGGUUUUGUGGAGAUGCAAGAUAAUGUUCCCUUUAGUUUGAAGAGCCCUGGGUCUUUUGGUCUAUGGCAUCCAACAUACUGCGAUAAGCCAGACUCACUAUAAACUUUGAUUUUCAUGACAUGUAUGGGGGUAUCAUUCACAUUACUGGAGCUACAUUUUAUAUUACCAUUUGGGCCUAUGCUUGCACUUAGUUUGGGGAUGCAUGGAAUCCCUCUCCAGUUGGCCAAAUUACUCCAAAAGAAGGGGCCUGUAGAACUCUGUAGUUCCAGCCACCAUGGCCAAUGAUCAGGGAUCCUAAAAGUUGCAAUUCAGGAUGUUCUGCAGAUUUACAGCAUCCACACUCAUGAUGCUGCUACCCUUAGCUAAAUCCUAUCAACAGCCCA